CGAACGCGCACCGCGCCAGGCGGGCGCUCCUUCAACCUGAACCCGAGCAGGCCCCUUCCGCACCAGCCUCCCGCAUGCCCGCACGCGCAUAACACUCCCUUCAAGCCCAGGGAAUCUUGAGUUACAAUAUCUUGUGAUAAUGGCGGACUCGACGGAGUUCAUGACCCUCGGCGAGCGGGUGGAGCACGCGGUCGCGACAUUGCCGACGCUGGGCAAGGAGGAGAUUCCGCUGGACGACGCGUGUCCGAUUUGCUUUCAGAACUUCGAGGCGAUUUUUGAAGGAAAGACACAAGAGGACACGACCUUUGACAACGCGCUCCUAAUCGCGAGCGACCCGGAAGAGCUCAGGGGCGUCACAAAGCUGAGAGGAUGCGGGCAUGUCUUUUGUAGAAAAGAUUUGAUUGAAUGGAUUCGUGGCUGGCAUGGCACAUGCCCCGCCUGCCGCGCACAGUUCGCGAACAUCCGGCCACCCUCCGACUCGGAGGACGGCUCCUCGGACGGCGACUACGUCCCGAACGAUGACGAGGAAGAUGACGACCUCGAUGAAGACGACGGUUUCGUCGAGUCCGACGGGUGGGACACCGGCGGGGAAGACGAGGACUUCGGCUUCGACGUCGAGGGCGAUGUGGCCGUCGGGUACCUGCCUGGGUACCCGGACAUCGAUCUGGCCGCGGACAUCGACGCGUUCAUCGCGGAACAUGGGGACGGGCGCGACUCGCCCCGCUUCGAGAGAGGCCCCAUAGCGGAUCUGGCCGCGGACUUCGACGCGUUCAUUGAGGCCCACCAGCACGGGAGGAAUAUGCGGGGUCGCGAGGAGGGACAGGGUCAGGUGGAUGGCUACAGGAGGGUGAGACCUGGGGAUCGGGGGCUUGGUUGGGGAGCAGAGGCGAUUGGAUACUCAGAGGACGGGAACAGAGCCGGCUCGGAGGCAGAGGUGUCGCAGGACCUGAACGCUGGCGGUGAUGCAGACAUGGACGAGGGGAUGGAGAAUUGGGGACUCAGCCAUAGUGACGGAGACGCGUCGGAGAGCUUGUCUGAGGGAGAGCUCUUUGCCAGCAUUGAGGACGACCCGCAUAUGGAGGAUGAUGCUGCGGUAGUUGCAGAGCCCGGCUCGCCUUCGGCUGAGGUCCCGGAAGCAGAAACGAAAUAGAGCUAAUAAUCAUAGUCGCACAAGAGAACAUGGCAUCGAGGACUACUUCUACAACAAUAUUGUAUAUACCUUCUGACAUCUGUCUGUCUCCUCGGUUGUAAUCAUGCAUAGUUAUGUAUGUACUCUGUCACAAA